AUGGCGGAUCUCUUAGGCGAAGGGAAGCGGCGGAGGCCCGGGCCAGGCUCGCCCCAGCCCGACGGCGGCGCCUGGGGCAGCCUGACUUGGGUACGAGGCCGAGGCGGCCGGGAGCGAACCCUGCUACUCCUCCCGGCGCUCUGGUCCCGGCCCGCCCAUUCUCCAGGCCCCGCUCCCGAGCGCUUCUCCCUCCGGGAGCGCAAAGGCUCCCCCAGCCCGCGCAGGCGGCGAUGCCCUUGUUGCGCCCUGUUGAGUUUUCAAAGCGCUCGUCUUGGACCCCCGUUUAGAAAAGCCGUCUCUCCACAGCGGUUUAAAGUUGCUGUUAACAAAUUUCAGCCAUUAUCAGAUGAAUUACGUUUUGCCCUGCAGACAGUGGGGCAGCCUGGUGGAGUGCAGCAGGAGCUGCAGCAGAGACCCAAUCCAGACCCUACUGAAAUCAGGGAGGAAGGAGUGCUUCCGUUGUCAUUAGGUUGCUUGGAUGAGAACCUCUCCAAGAAGCAGCAGCCACCACUAGGUGAAAAAAUUUGUAAGCCAAACAUAAUUUUUCUUCUAUUACAGAGUCACAGAAACAUGAAGAAACUGUUUUUCCUGUGUAUUUUACUUAUUGGAAUUCAUUCCAACAGUUAUUGCUAUGAGCCUAACCACCAAGGGGUAAGAAACCAAAAUCAAAGAGCCCAAGGAAAUCGAAACAUGCCAUGGCAAAGUGUAAGGAGCAGUGUUUGUCGAUUUGCAUGUUGUUUCUACAAAGAGAUUUCUUCUCAAGAAAACAGUCGGAAUGUUUUCUUCUCUCCUUUGAGCAUCUCUACUGCCUUCGCAAUGCUGACUCUGGGUGCCAGAUCAGACACACUGACACAAAUUCUUAGGGUCCUUUGCUUUAACCCAAGGGAGAUUUCUGAAAAUGACAUACAUGAAGGUUAUCGUCAACUCAUGCAAAUGGUAAACAGAAAGCAUGAGGGCUUACAGCUGAAUAUGGCAAAUGUCCUGUUUGUGCUUGACCAACUGAAGCCACAAGAAAAGUUUUUAAGUGAUCUCAGAAACUUCUAUGAAGGAGAAGCCUAUCCUAUGAACUUCAAGCAGGCUGCUCAAGCCCAGCAAAAAGUCAACAAAUAUGUAGCAGAAAGAACCAAUGGAAAAAUCAAGGACCUUGUGAAUAACCUUGAUCCACUUACUGAAAUUCUCCUCAUUAGCUAUAUUUAUUUUAAUGCUGAAUGGGAAAAACCUUUUGAUCCACAAUACACUAAAAUGGGCAAAUUCUUUGUGGAUGGGAACAAGGCUGUGGAAGUCCCGAUGAUGUUUGGAAUGGGCCUGUUCAAGCAUGGCUAUGAUGAUCAGCUGUCUUCCACUGUGGUGCAAAUGGAUUACAAAGGAGGUGCUUCAGCAUUUUUUAUUCUGCCUGAUAAAGGAAGAAUGAGGAAGCUGGAGAAAAGAUUGUCUUGUGAACAUAUGUCAAGGUGGAGGUCAUUAAUCACAAAAAGCUCAGUAAAUUUGUAUCUUCCGAAAUUCACUCUUUAUGGGACAUAUGACUUAAAAAAUACCUUAUAUAAAAUGGGCAUUAUGGAUCUAUUCACUGAUAAGGCUGACCUCUCUGGGAUCACUGGACAGCCCCAGCAUAGAAUUUCCCAGGCUAUUCAUAAGGCUGUGAUAAAGGUGGAUGAGACUGGCACCGAAGCAGCAGCUGCCACAGGCAUGGAAAUAGUGCCUAUGUCCGUUCCAGUUAUGAUUAAAUUCGAGAGGCCAUUCCUAAUCGUCAUAACUAUGGAGAGCAAUAUACUUUUCAUGGGAAAAAUUGUGAACCCUCUGAGAAGAGAUUAAGUUAAUGUACAUAUUACGUAUGUGUUGAUCAGCACUCUUAAAUCAAGUAUUUGAUCUGAUGAGUAUGGC